CGUCACAUGAACCCGCUGUGUUUGUCAACAAUGACGACGCGGGUGUAGAAAAGUAACACGAUUUGAUUGCAAAAAGUCAAAAUUGUUCAAGACGACCACGCAUUGUUGAGGAGAAAGGUGUCUUAGACUGGUGGACAUCUUGGACAGGACUGAUGAAAAUGAAGAAAACGAACGAUUCCCUUCAGAAGUCCCAACCUAAGGUGUGGCCACACGCUUAGGACUAACGGUUUGUCAUGAACGGAGUUGAGGUGGAGGGUGACAGUGGCCGCUGGUCCCCCCACUCAGGCACCAUGGUCAAGAUGUUCAGUGAUGCCCGGGAGGUGGACGACGUUCUGAGAACUCUUCAGCACUCGGCGGAAAGUGAUGAGCUCAAGGUGGCCCUUAAACGACUGGUGGAACUGUUUGAUGGAGUUCCCAGAUACCUAGAGGACAACCAUGCCUAUUUGUCAGUGCUGUCCACCAUGACCCACAUGGUCAGUGACCUUGAGAUUCAGCAGCUGGGUCUGGAGAUUCUCUACAACUUCAUGGUGAAAAGCCCUACGAUGGAGGACAAAAUGAAAAGAUCAGAUGUUUUCAGACACAUAAUUAAGCUUCUGAGUGACCACACCAAGCAUCACAAGCUCCAGGACCGGGCCGUCUGUGUCCUGGUCAGGCUGCUGUCUUCAGAUUAUGUGAAGGAAAAAAUCUCCCUGGAAAAGCAGUGGCCGCGGCUUCUUGAUGCUGUCAUGAUGACAAUAGUGUCGUUUCCGACAGAGAGUGACACGGUGUUCAACAGUUUGAUGGUCAUCACACACGUGCUCAGGGCAGCGUCCGAGUUGCUGGAGCUGCUGGCCAAGAAGUACCUCCAGGUGAUGUUGUCGUUGUUCCAGCUACACGUGGACAACGCCGAGAUCCUGAACAAACUGUGCCAUGUCCUCUGGAUCACGGCACACAGUGCUGCUGCUCGUCCCGUGCUGGGGCUCCCAGUGUGCAACUUGAUCACGUCACAGAUGCCUGUGUGGAAGGCCAACCGCUCUGUGGUGGACAGCAGCUUCCACCUGGUCGAGGUUCUCUGUUUGCACGGCAAAGUGAGUGAGCUGCUAGUGGAGCGAGGCUUCAUCAUGGGCUCCUUGCUGCCAGAGAUGAUGUCCAGAACAGACGAGGCAGACUUGCAGCUGUGUGGCUUGAAGAUUUUUCUCCUCACUGCGGAGUACCUAUUCUUGAAUGCUGCGUUUGCUGAGCGUGCCUCUCAGUGGCUCAAGUUGAUCUACCUGGCCAUGUCGCGUCACAUGGGCCGACCGGACGUCCAGGCCUGGGGAUGUCGUGCACUGGCUCGCCUACUGGAGUGUAAGCCGGAGGUCUACAUGUGGAUUGGGGAGAGCUCAGAGCUGAAACAAGAUCCAGUUCACACUCUCUGUCUGGGCGCCAUCCUCAUGUAUGAGAAGAAGGUGGACGUCUUUGUUCCCGCGUGCAAGGCCAUUUACUACCUCACAGCAGAUAAUGACGGGUUGUGCCGGAACUUGAUGGAGAAAAACUCUCACAUCGCGAUCAUCGAAGGUUUGCGGUAUCAUGUGAAGGACAAACGGGCAGUUACUGCAGCCUGCCGAGCUAUCCGCGGACUGGGUAUUUUUCAGCAUGAUCACAAGUGUGAGAUAGCCCAGUACGACGGGGACAUUCUGCACCUCCUGGUGGACAUCAGCAAAAACUUUGUCAGAGAUGCGGAGGUGCAGAGCGAAAUUGUCAGCACUGUCGCCUGUCUGGCGGAUGUCGAUAUGGUUCGGCACCAGUGCUAUGUGCUCAACGUUCACAGUCGGGUCCUGGAGGCCAUGGAGAACUUCCCCGGGGAUGAGAUCCUGCAGGAGGCAGCCAUAGAAGCUCUGGCUGUGCUGGGUGGGGCAGCCAAUGGAUCUGAAAUUCUUCACUCAAAUGGAGCCAUCGACAAGAUCAUCAAAUGUUUGAAAAGAUUUACUUAUAAUGAAAACAUCCAGAAGAAAGGUCUGAUGGCGAUCCAGAUCCUGGCUGAGUGGAGUUUGGUCCAGUCCACGGGCAUGUGUCAGGAGCUGGCUCAGAUCAUCCGCUCCACCAUGAGGAACUAUCCCGACUCGCUGCUCAUACAGAAAGAGGCAAUCGUGUCAAUGCAGAUCUUGGCAGAGCGAGGUGUGGAGGGAGAGAGGCGAGAUCAGUACAGCAACAUGGCCGAAGUCCUAGUGGAGAUGGAUUGUCAUGAGCUACUUUUCCAGAUUCUGGAGAAAUUUGAUGAUGAUCAGGGGUUGCAUAACUUGGCCAGUGAGUGCUUGUAUGUCUUAGGAAUAGAGCAGGACCUCAAGUCUCGCAUGUUGCUCACCGCAUGCUCCCGGGGAUUUAUAGCUGGUGCGGAGUGCCUGCUGGAGGUGGGUGCGGACGUGAACAUCGCCCAGGGCUCAGACAGUGACACGCCUCUCUACCUGGCUGUCAACAACAACGAUGAGAACAUGGUGCGCUUCCUGCUCAGAUAUGAGGUGAGAGAUGUCCAAACUUCUCUGAGGCUGAGUCUUGAGCGUAACUACCACAGCAUUACAGGCCUGCUCCUUUCCUACAUCGGUCAGGACAGAGAAACGGGUACGGUGGUCUGGUCAAAUGUUGGGUUGGGUGACCUCCGACCUGAGUGGGUCAUGCCGACGCUGUAUGGUACAGAGCAGACUAUCCACGCCCACUCGUCCGCCAGCAAACACUUCGUGGCCAAGAUCAAGGACAGCGAGCUGAGAAGGAAUCGGCGCAUACACCAGUUUGUCAGUGACACGAACCUCGAACAGAUUAGAAACAAGUGCUUCCGCUACCGGCGACCCAGCUCUGACAUCCAGAAUGUUGUGUUUGACGCAAUCCACGAAAUACGAGCUCAGACACAGACCAGUGGAAAGCCACGCCGGCCCAGCACCAUCCCCAGGUUCAACGACAGGAAAUGGACGCGGCGGAGGAUCAUGGGCAAGGACUUGGUGUUCACAGACGUACGGGACCUGCCCACCUCUCCACUGCCGUCCCCGGAGGAUUUGUCUCCCUUGGAUGGUCUACCGGCUUCAGAUGGCUUAGAUGAGACACCUGUCUUUGAGCACUCGGAGGAUGACCUGGAAGACUGGAGGAUGACCACACUGACCGGCGCCAACAUCCCAUUCAGCCCGUGCGACCCCCGGCGGCCGACAGACCCAACUAAAGCCAAUGAGCUCGUACCCUCUGGAGUCAGGCAGCUGCCAGGUAAAUGGCUGCGAAAGUACAAUCCUCAUGAAAAUCGCAGCCCUCGGCCUAGUUACAGCAGGUCGUCCAGCGCGGGGGAGGGGGGCGAGGAGGUAGCAGAAACACCUGCUGCAGUCUUACAUGUGUCGCCUGAGGAAGACUCCUGGUCUCCCGGUGUGCUGACGUCUGACCAAGUGUCCUCAGACACUGAAGUAAGUGGAGCAUCGAGGCUGAGCUCUGCGGCUGAUGACACCGACUUAGAUCUGAGUGUGGAUGACAUCAAGCAGAGAAAGGUGGAGUACCACAUCCGCCGUCUGGACAUCUCCACCAACUUCAUCGCCAGCCUUGACCUUCUAACCAGCAUGGGAGGGGAUCUGAUGAACAGUUUCGCCUGGCUAGAGUUUCUGGACCUGAGUGGGAAUAAUCUAGAAAUUCUCCCUGAUGAUUUUUACAAGAGCCUGAGCGGUGUCCAGACUUUCUGUCUUGGAAACAACAAGUUCAAGCAGUUCCCGCUGUCUGUCAUUUUCUGCACAAAACUCGUCCGCUUGGAUCUCUCUGGCAAUCUGAUGGAGAAUGUGGACCUGGAAGAACUGGCCCGGCCGUUGAGCGUGAGCGAGUUGAUUCUGUCCAAGAACAAGUUGUCCCAGUUCCCCACAGCGAUGAACGCAGCAUUGCCACACCUCAGUCUGCUCGACCUCAGCUGCAAUGACCUGAGCACGCUGCCCAACACACCCACAAACCUGUCCGAGAUGCGUAGUCUGGACUUGUCCCACAACAGAAUACAGCUGAUACCUGAUGAGUUUCUGCAGGGCUGUCAUAAGCUGGAGUUGUUGCUGGCAGCUAACAAUGGACUAGAGGUGCUGCCCAAUGAGUACGUGGCUACUGCACUGACCAGGCUGUCCACUGUGAAGCUCGGUCAUAACGACAUCACAGAGAAGGAGCCUUUCUUUGUGCCGAAGUUCAUUCUGGAAUUGCUAAAUGUGAGGACGGUGGACUUGUCAAACAAUGGCCUGAUGGGCUGCCCACCUCCUGUCUUGUGGAAGUCCCAGAUGCUGAGAGAGCUGAUGUUGUCCAAAAAUAACAUCUUUAAGCUGAACUUGGAGGGAGCCCGGGCAUGGAGCAAGCUGGAGAAACUUCAUGUAUCUCACAACAAACUCUCAGAGCUUCCAAAAGAGAUUGGGAUGCUGUCCUCACUGCAGUCUCUGGACCUGAGUCACAACCCAGCACUCACCACACUGCCGGACGAGCUGGGACUGUGCUCACGACUCUGGGAGAUGCCCCUGGACGGCCUCUCUCUAAACCUGGACGGUGGUUUGACCAGAGGCCGAGUAAAAGAUCUCACUAUGUACCUGCACAACCGGCUCAAGAAGGCUCAGCGUUACUUCCGCAUGAAGCUGAUGGUGGUGGGCUACGGCGGCCGAGGGAAGACCAGCCUGCUACAGGCGCUCAAACGUCGGAUCAAGAACAACCAUCUGGAGAAACCAGCGGUCACUGUGGGGGUCAUCGUGGACGACUGGAAGUACGAGCGCCAGCGGUUUGGUCGGACGGUGACCUACACCCUCAACACCUGGGACUUUGCCGGUCAGGAAGACUUCUACAGCACCCACCAGUGUUUUCUCUCCAACAGGACGCUGUAUCUGGUGGUGUAUGACAUCAGUAUGGGCACUGAGGAGAUCGACAAACUCAAGCCCUGGCUGUCCAACAUCCACGCCCGAGCCCCUGGCUGCCCCGUCAUUGUGGUGGGAACUCACUAUGAUCUAUUACCUGUGGAGGGCAGAGAGACGGUUGUCGCUGACUUUGAGCUGAAGCUGAAGGAGCUGAUGCAUAAACCAGGUUUUCCUGUGAUCAGCUGUUUUGCCAUUGUUGAUUUGACCAAAGAGUCGCCUGAGCUUGACCAGUUGAGGAAGAAGGUCAAGGACACGGUUGAUGAUUUCAAGAUCAAAGGCCAGCCCGUGAUGGGUCAGAAGGUUCCUGCAAGUUAUGUUAGACUAGGAGAGCUGCUGAGCGAGGAGUCCAAGAAUGUAGAGAAAAGCUUCCCGGUCAUCAGGCAUGGUCAGUUGGUACGACUGGUCAGGACAGAGAACCUUGACUUGGAUGAGGAUGAGGAGUUGAAGCAGGCCAUCAACUUUCUGCAUGAGAGCGGAGUGUUGCUGCACUACAAUGAGACCACUCUACAGAUGAGGGACUUCUACUUCAUCAACCCGGGCUGGCUGUGUCGUAUGAUGGCCCAAGUGGUCACUGUUCCUCAGAUAAAUCCAUUCAUUGACAGGAACGGGGUGAUGAAGAGAGUGUCGGCCUACAUGCUGUUUACAGGCCGAGAGACGUCCGGGGACAGCAACUUUGUAUUUCCUUCCUCCCUGAUACCCCAGUAUCUGCAUCUCCUGGAAAAGUUCGAGAUUGCCUUACCGAGGAAUGAAGAAGAGCUGCUAGUGCCAUGCAGACUUCCCUUCCGGAGACCCAACAUUGAACUUCCUGUACAGAAUCGCUCUGAGUUGGUGUUCCGCUACUACUCCAUGCCGUACACACCCAUUGGCUUCUGGUCACGCCUCCUGACGAGACUGAUCGUGUUCUCUGAGAGCAAGUUUGUGGAGAACAUGUUGUACUUGACUGAGGAGCCAGUCAUCCAGUAUUGGAGGGAAGGCAUCUUUGUCAGCUGGAACUCUGUUGCCUUCAUCUUAGUGGAUGGCCUCAAGUCUUCCUCGGAUGAGAUUCACCUGACAGUUCCCAACACCACGCAUGGUUACAGACUGUUGGGCUACCUGGUGGACCACAUGGACUCGCUGGUGGACGAGUGGUUCCCUGGACUGACCGCCAUUGACCCACUGCUGGGCAAGGAGCUGCUGGAAAAGUUUGUCCCUUGUACUGACUGCCCAGGUCCCCAGAGCUAUGUGUUCAGGUUUGAGGAUCUGCUGAAGCAGUCGGAGCAUCACAGUGACAUCCUGUGUCCAGAGCACAAUGGCAGAGUGGAACUAGCCAAAUUGGCACCUGAUGUGAUGCUGGCAGACAUUGAACCCAACUUCCAUUUGGAUCUGGAUCAAUUUGAGUUCAAAGAAAGUCCUGAGAACUUGUGUGGUGAUGGAGGCUUUGGCUCUGUAUACAAGGCCAAGUACAGAGGCAAGGUGGUGGCUGCUAAAGUGUUCAAUGCUAUCGGAGACAUCCACCCUCACAAGAUGCUGAGACAAGAGGCCACAAUUCUCCGCCGGCUGAAACACCCGAGUGUCAUCUCCCUGGUGGCAGUGGCCGUGCGGCCGGUGAGACUGGUCGUCAUGGAGUUUGCUCCGUGCAAGUCUCUGGGUGGAGUCCUUCGCUCAUCCACUCAUCUGAGUCGCACCUUACAGCUGAAGAUUUGCCAACAGGUGGCGGAAGGUCUAGACUACCUCCACAGCCUGAAGAUCAUCUACCGUGACAUGAAGCCCGACAACGUUUUGGUCUUUAGUCUGGCCCCAGACAGCUUGAUCAAUGCCAAGAUUGCAGACUAUGGUAUCUCACAGUUCACUACCCUGUUUGGCCUGACAGCCCAGGAGGGAACCCCAGCCUAUCGGGCUCCAGAGGUGAUUCGGGGAGAGACGUACUCUUUCCAGGCGGACAUUUUUUCUCUUGGGGUUGUCAUGUAUGUUGUUCUGACUGGCGGCCUCCACCCAUUUGAUGAACUGGAAUUCAAAAGUGAAAUAGACAAAGCUUUUGCUGAGAACCUGACGGUGCCGCCCGUGACGCAGCGUGGUUGUCCCCCUUGGCCGGACAUGCAGGACCUGAUCAGCCAGUGUUUGUGCCAAGUGCCGGACUACAGGCCAAAGGCUGGAGAGCUGUUUGAGCGGCUGAGCUGCGCAGAGCUGUACAGUCUGAGAGAGAUCUUACCCGUCUCUGUGGGAACGACCGUGGAAUGUAUGACCACACAGAACCUGGGUAACAAGAACGUGCGUCUGUGGGUGGCCAGCGGCGACAACGAGUACAUGCAGCUGUCCUGGCUGAACCUGCUGGACUACCGGGAGGACAGCCUCCUCGCUGACCGCAACCGACAGUCCGUGGACUACAGUGGCAUGGGCACCAUGUUCCGUGACGGGCGGGUUCUGUGCAUCUUGCCCGUGAGUCCCGAGCACAUCCUUUUGGGCACGCAGGCCGGGAAAAUCUGGGUGUUCAACACCAGUCGCAACGAGCUGAUGCACUCCACACGGCAGCUUCAGGACUCUGUGCUCUCCCUGUUCAUCGUUCAGAGGAAACACCCCGGAGCCUCGUACCGCCGUGGAGAUGACCCUCUAGUCUUGACGGGUUUGGCAAACGGGAAAAUGGCUCUUUAUCCUCUCUCUGAGAUUCUGCAAGGCCCAGACAUGGACCCAAUAGAGAUGAAACUCGGUGAGAGCUACGAGCCAGUACGCUGCAUCAUGCGCAGCUCUGUGGACCGCAAGCUCAUCGCUUCCUGUGGAACAAAGGUCAUCGUCAUGGAGACAAAGAUUGGUGUGGCGGUGGAGACCAUGUUCAACACGCUCAAGAACAGCACUCCGGCCUCGGCGCCCAUCACUUCCAUGGCGUGUGGCCGUCUGCUGUACCUGGCACAUCGCAACAGCACGGAGAUCCAGGCCUGGGACACGACGCGAGGCCGCCUCAAGAACACACUCAACGUCAGCAUCAGUUUCGACCUGUCUCGCAAAGAUGGCCGCAUCACGUCCAUGGUCCUUCACGACACCAAGACUCUAUGGCUUGGUACAGGGGGCGGUCAGAUCGUCCUAGUGGACAUCAACAACUGGACGCCCAUCAUCUGCACUCAUCGGCACACUGCCUCUGUCCGCUGCCUUCUGGCAGUCAAACUGAGGGGUUUGGUCAAGUAUGGACCAAAUCCCAGCACAAGUGUGAUACUUAGUGGAGGGCUAGGGUUCAAAACCCGCUCGGAGAAUGAUGUGGACAAAGAUAAUCAGUAUGGCUGUAUCGGCGUGUGGGACGCGGACUUCCCCCAGACCAUCAAGCAGUUCUCUGACUGGUCCAAGAAACGCAAGGAACUCAUCCAGACCACGUCCAUGAGACGCUCCAUGAUGAAGUAGAGAUUGAUGUGACCAUCGUGGUGAAGAGACACAUCAGGGAACACUUUUUGUUGAACAGUAUCUAGAUUUUUUUCAAGCUGAUGAAUUCUACCCAAUGCAGUGGUCGCUACUGAGAUUAUUUUUGUGCUUUUUUUUUUUUCAUGGACAGGACUUUAUAGAUUUUCCAAUUCACUCCUGUAUUUUGAAGGUGCGUUUGUAUCCUCUUUUAUGCACUCACCCAAAAAGCAUGCAAUAUUGAUGUUGCACAGAACUGAACGACAUAAAAGUGAUAUAUCAUCAGCAUCAUUAUACAGUAGCCCAAAUCAGUUUGGGGGGAUUUGCAAAUAAAGCUGUGAUUUGAGUCACGACAUCAAGGGGCCGUUAUUUGAGUAACAGCAUCAAGGGGCAUUUUACAACUUAAUACUUUUGUAUUGUUUCAUUAUUUGCUAUCUAGUUUUAUAUUGAAAAAGAUCACAAGUGCAAAAGUUAUGGUACAAUUACUAUCUUUUUCUUUAAUUUUGUUGAAAUUACAAAAAAAUGACUUGGGUACUUGUGGAAUGAUGCUGACAAUUUAUUAUGUCUUGUUGAAAGUGAUGUGUACAGUAGAAAUAUAGUUCAUGUAUAAACCACAGUAAGUGUUAGCCUUUUUCUUUAUUGAGGAAAAACUUACAAUCAAUGACUUAUAAUCUCUUGUCCGUCAGGGAUAAUCAUUUCUAUGAAAAACGAUAAACGACCUGAACAUGGUUCAGUAUGGUUUUGCUAACAAUGAUCAUAAUUGUGAUAUCAGGAGGACUAGAUACUUAUGCUCUGUGUGGGCCCUUUCUAAACUUAUCUUCAGUAUUUUCGUUAAUCAGGUGAUAUUACAUCAAGGAUAGAGAACCUAAUUAUCCUAUCUGGAAACUCACAAAUAUUUAAUUGAGAACUAUGGGAAAAUGUUACUCGGGGCACUUCAUUGUCAGUAAGAUACUCCUGUAGCUAGAUAUAUAUGUAAAUAGUCAAAACAUGUUUAGUAAAAAAAAUGUAAUGUGAGUAUUGUGAGACGCAGUAUGGGCACUGAUUUGGUUUCGCUUCCCUAAAAGUGUUCAUUUUUUAGAUAGUUAAGUCCCCUGUCCUUGUAAGGUUCUUGUGCAGUGUCUCUUUAGUCUUUUUGAGAUGAAGGAGAGUUGUAUGAGGCACCAGAUCUUCUGGGUUAUGGAAUACUUUUUACCAUAGGUGUUGUGUUCAGGAUUUUUUUUUUCUUUUCUUAAGUUCUGCCCGUCAGAGAUCACAAGUUUCCACAAGGAACACUUAUUAACCCUUCCAGCCCCAUGCGCGUAUAUUUUCAGCAGCGCUUAUACCUCCCACUGUCCCAAGAGGAUUCUCAGUUUCGGAGGUACCGAAUUUGCGCAUUUUUCGAAAUUAGCGAACCUAAUUAACUUUAAUUUUCAUAUUUUUUCAUUUACCUUUAGACAUUGUUAUGCAUUAUUAUUUUAUUAUAUCUAAACCUCAUUACAAAGAUUCCGCAUCACUUUUUAGACUGCAUGCCUUUUUUUCUGAAAUACUGCUGUAUUGGCUGGGGCUGGGGUUAGGGAGUGGACAAAAAUGGCUGUGGCUAGAAGGGUUAACAUUACUACAGUGCACUACAGUGCCAGUAUAUGUAUAGUUCUGAUGUUCUUGAACACUGCUUGUUUCAAGACUUUGUUGUUGUUGUUGCUUUCUUUGCUAUUUAUUUAUCCAUUUAUGAUCCAUGAAGUAUUUUUUUGCUUGUGUCCUUGUUGGGUUUUUUUACUUGAGGAUGUUCUGUUACUUUCAUUUGGGAAUUUUGCUGACAUUUGUUUGACUUUAGCUCAAUAACUAAAAAAGGUCUGAUACUGAUAUCGCAAUGAUGGAGAAUAUUAAUUAUUAUGUCAUUUUCUCCUACAUUGAUCUAACUACCGUCAGCUUGGGAUCCCAACUUACAAAUUAUACUACUUCACACAAUCAUCACUUUUGCAAUACAUAUGUAUAUCAGCAGGGAUGGCCUUUCUUUGGAUGUUUUCUGCACUCAUUUUUUAAAUCAUCACCGAGUUGAAAAAAUCAAUAAGUUCUGUUUUAAAUUUGUUAUUCAUAUGCCAUGGUCAAAGUUGAAGUCGCGUGUGCCUCGCUUCUUGUGCAAAGAACCCGCUGGAUUUUUUUAUCAGUGUAAAAGUGAAAGCCUUUUAUUAUGACUUCUACCUGCUCAGUUUCUGGUACUUGUUUAAUCUUUCCCUGCUUUUAAAGGCUUCAUAUCUAUUCAAGAGGCUCCUCUGGCUACCCUCAGCGUUGCUGGUUACAAUCUCAUGCUGCAUCAAAAGACAAGCUUUGAGUCACACAGUACAUUAUUCACAAUGAGUCAUGCGGUACAUUAUUCACAAUGAGUCACACAAUACAUUAUUCACAAUGAGUCACAAUAGUCACACGGUACAUUAUUCACAAUGAGUCACACAGUUUAUUAUUCACAAUGAGUCACACAGUAGGCUACAUUAUUUACAAUGAGUCACACAGUAGGCUACAUUAUUCACAAUGAGUCACACAGUACAUGAUUCACAAUGAGUUGCACAGCAUAAUUCUCGCUACGAGUCACACAGCACAAGUCUUUCUCUUGCACGUUUGAUCGCUUCUGGUAUAAGCAGAAAAGAUUAUACAACUCAUAAUUUGUUCAGCUCUUUCUGAAUAACAUAUUUUUUACUGUUAGGAAAUUUUUACUCUGUAUUUUUGGAAAAUAUUAUUUAUGUUUCAUAUUGUUUAAAGAGGGGUGUUCACACGUACUAUACUAUGCUGAUGUUUCUCUGGGUUUAUAGGCAUGCUAUGUUCAUGUUACAACUGAUGUUUCAUUACAACACAGGCCGUAAAACCAUACUGUACUAGAUUGUUUUACGACUUCUCUAACCCUGCUUUACAUCUCUAUAUAUCCUUCUUGUAGAACAACUUAGCACAAUCAGUCGCUGUGAAUUUUCUCCGUGUGUAAUUGAACUUUCAUGAAACAUGAACUUUAUGAAAAUGUACACAAUAUCAGUACGCAAUGUUUGUGCAAUAAGAAUUUUAAAGGAAGCAUCAUACGUUUGUGAACAUAAUGUAAUGUUUAGAGCUACUUUCAUAAAAUGGGCUUGCCUAUUAUUCGGGGGGGUUUUCCCCAGAUAUUGACAUAUGCCUUAGGCAGUGGGAAUAUAUUAUUGGAAAAAAAAA